AUGGCUACGACCCUUUUCGACAAGAUCGGUGUCGACAUUGGCCCUGUCGGUAUCGCUAACGCCGUUUCUCUCUUCGAGAUUCGACUCGACCAAAGAUUCGUAGUCCUGAGAGGUCGUCGAGAUGAGGCCGCUAGUGCCUCAUUAAGUGGCAUAGUCUUCCUUUCCCUGUCACAAAGUCUUCCCAUGCGGGAGAUUUACAUCCGUUAUACAAUUCAGAGGAAAAUAGGUUGGAUCUCAUCACGCGCCGCUAAUGUUCAUUAUCGCUCUCCUGAAAUUCUCUUUCGAAACGUCAUUUCCUUGAAGGGCCAAGAAAAAUUGCAGGCUGGCGAUCAUGAGCUUCCUUUCCGCUGGGAGGUGCCUGGCAAUACGGCAGAGAGCCUUGAGGGUUUGCGCUCAACUUGGGUCAUACAUCACUUGAAGGCUACACUCAAAAGGCAGUCAACACAAUCCAAAAAGGAGACGAAUACAUACGUUCGAGUUAUAAGAAUACCAAACGAGACGGAUGACAGGCUUCAUGUUCCUUCAUUCAUAAGCAAGACUUGGCCUGAAAAAUUGGAAGCGGAGAUCCAAAUCUCUCCAAGGGCUGUACUUUUUGGUUCAACAGUCAAAGUCGACUUUUUGUUAACGACCAAUCUGGCAGAAUUGAAGAUUCCAGCUGUAGCAAUUACCCUUGUUCAAAUCAACAAGUGUAGAUCUGAACAUCGAGUCAAAAUCGUCAAAGAAACGCGCCCCCUAGACGACGUGGUGGCAGAAUCGGACGGUUACGAAUGCGAGAUCUAUACCUUCUCAGUGCCACUAUCUUUGCCGCGAAGUUUGCAAACCUGUCUCCAAGACUAUGAGCAUCCCGACCUUAGAGUCAGACAUAAGCUAGAAAUCAAGAUCCAUCUCGAGCAUCCGCACGUCCCAGUCUCUACUCUUGAGGCUGGCAUGCCCAUUUUCAUCUUCAUAUCUCCCGAUUUACCAUUCAACCAAGACAACGCAGUGACCGCUACCUCGGCCGAAAUCGCUCUUGUAGCCAGAAGCACGGGAGGCACGUUCCUCCCUCCAUACGAAAACCAUACUUGGGACGAGAUCUAUGAAGGUAUUGACGCAGAACGCUACUUGGCGCCCCGAGAGGGAGCCAACGCGCCUGCCAGGAGACCGGACCUCGCAAUGACAACCUUGCAAGCAGGGAGUGGAAGCUCGGACGUACUUCCAUCUAGGCUCGGUGACUCACAUGACCGCGGAGAAAUCGACCAUACAGCUGCGUCAAGCAGCCAAAUAGAAGACAGUGCGAGGAACGAGCAAGGUACGCCUGGCGUGAUCCAGCCUGAUACAUCGACACAAGGGCAAGAGCCCAAGCAGCAGCAUGGCCAUUACGACAUAGAAAAUAUGUCCAAAGUUCCAGGUUACGAGACUGCUGCGCAAUCUGCAUCCAAUCUCUCCUCUAAACGGGGGCCUCCGUCGUAUGAUGCGGCAACGCAAUCAACGACUUCUGGCAAUGACGACGGGCAGCAGACCUCUCCCAGAGAAUGA